GCGGCCGCAUCGCCUCCCCCGCCCCUCCCGCCGCCGCCGCCGCCGCUGCCGCUGCUGCUGCACUGACGGCGGUUGCCCGCGCCUCAGGCGGCAGAGCUCGGUGGGCCUCGGGGUUGCUCAUCUAUCUACCUCGCCCGCCCCAAGAGCCCAGAUGCUUGGAAGAGGGGCCGUGAGCACCCCUUGCAUCUGUGUGGUCCCAAAGCAGCAAAGGAGUUACCAAUUUAUUCUUGAGACUCCUCUACUCUCAUCUGUCCUCAUGGAUGAACUUCAGGAUGUUCAACUCACAGAGAUCAAACCACUUCUAAAUGAUAAGAAUGGUACACGAAACUUCCAGGACUUUGACUGUCAGGAACAUGACAUAGAAACAACUCAUGGUGUGGUCCACGUCACUAUAAGAGGCUUACCCAAAGGAAACAGACCAGUUAUACUAACAUAUCAUGACAUUGGCCUCAACCAUAAAUCCUGUUUCAAUGCAUUCUUUAACUUUGAGGAUAUGCAAGAGAUCACCCAACACUUUGCUGUCUGUCAUGUGGAUGCUCCAGGCCAGCAGGAAGGUGCACCCUCUUUCCCCACAGGGUAUCAGUACCCCACAAUGGAUGAGCUGGCUGAAAUGCUGCCUCCUGUUCUUACCCACUUAAGCCUGAAAAGUAUCAUUGGAAUUGGAGUUGGAGCUGGAGCUUACAUCCUCAGCAGAUUUGCACUCAAUCAUCCAGAAUUUGUGGAAGGCCUUGUGCUCAUUAAUAUUGACCCUUGCGCUAAAGGCUGGAUUGACUGGGCAGCUUCCAAACUCUCUGGCCUGACAACCAAUGUUGUGGACAUUAUUUUGGCUCAUCACUUUGGGCAGGAAGAGUUACAGGCCAACCUGGACCUGAUCCAAACCUACAGAAUGCAUAUUGCCCAAGACAUCAAUCAAGACAACCUGCAGCUCUUCUUGAAUUCCUAUAAUGGACGCAGAGACCUGGAGAUCGAAAGACCCAUACUGGGCCAAAAUGAUAACAAAUUAAAAACAUUAAAGUGUUCUACUUUACUGGUGGUAGGGGACAGUUCGCCUGCAGUUGAGGCCGUGGUCGAAUGUAAUUCCCGCCUGAACCCUAUAAAUACAACUUUGCUAAAGAUGGCAGACUGUGGGGGACUGCCCCAGGUAGUUCAGCCUGGGAAGCUCACCGAGGCCUUCAAGUACUUUUUGCAGGGAAUGGGCUACAUCCCGUAUGUGCAGCUCAGUCACUUGAGCACCGAGUCAGUACCAUCUGCCAGCAUGACCCGGCUUGCCCGAUCACGAACCCACUCAACCUCAAGUAGCAUUGGCUCUGGAGAAAGUCCCUUCAGCCGGUCUGUCACCAGCAAUCAGUCAGAUGGAACUCAAGAAUCCUGUGAGUCCCCUGAUGUCCUGGACAGACACCAGACCAUGGAGGUGUCCUGCUAAACAGAUGCUCCUCCCCUGGAUCAUUGCAAGUCCAUCCUUCUUCAAAUGACCACUCCAUAAUAUAACAUUUCAUCCAGUAAACUGGCCUCUACUAUCUUUAACUCAUGCAUGGCCACUGAACCUCUCUCUAGUAGCCUGGAUUUAUCAUUCUCUCUGCCUGCCCACCCCUUUUUUUGUAUAUCCCAAGAACCACUUCCAUGCCAUACUGUAACAUUCCAACAUCUUUAGCUGAUCAGAUCUCUCCAUAUCCUCUCUUGCCAGCUUUUUUCCGUGCCCCCUCAACUAUGUAUCAGAUAAGAUUCUUUGAUCCCAAUUCUGUGUGUGUGCGAGCACGCAUGUCUGUGUUUGUGUGUGCAUAGUUCUGUGGUUUUAGACAUGCUUUCUUGUAGUGCUUCUGCAAAAAAC